GUCAACAUACCGCUUCGGCCCUCGCCUAUCCCCCAACGACGAUCCCCAAUUUCAGGCGUCGCCCAUCGCUGGGUGCUUCUCCGCCAUCGCCCGUAUAACCCCACCCAAUCCCUCGCUCGCUCGCCGGGAUCCAAGGCGGCCGCGGCGGCCGGGAGCAGACGUGCACGGGAGGAGUAGUUUGGGUCCGCGCCGCUGCCCUUUGCCUCUGCCACCAACGCCGCCUGCGCCGCCGCCCUUUGCCACCGCCACCAUCGCCAUCCGCGCCGCCGCCCUUUGUCGUCGCCACCACCGCCGUCCCCUUUGCCGCCACCACCACCGUCCAAACCGCUCUCGGCCGUUGCCGGGGAUCCCGGCCGCGCAGCAAAUCGAGCGCAAAGGAUCUCAAGGCCUGCCGCCCUGCCCGGCGCACCCAUCCAGAGGCACAUGUUCUCCACAGAUCCAUUAGAUCCCUUGCCGCCUCUCCUCUUUCCCUCGCUGGAGAAGCCUUUUUCAUCGUGGCUUGCCCUGGAUGCUAGAUUCUGCAAUUCCUCACCUGCAGUAUGGAAGUGCAUCUGCACCUGGGGCGCUAGCUGCUGAUGGCCAUAGAUAACAGCGACGUGUACGAGCAGAAGGCUUUUUCCUGAAGGGAUUGAGAUUACCAGGAUUCAGAUUGGAUCCCUGCUGUGUCAGUGCAGGAGAACUUCUCGAACACGUAGGCAUGACAUGACCGAUGUUGAUUACGCCUGAACUGCUUUGACAUAAAAGAUUCCCGGGCCCCUUGACUGAAAUCCUGACUAAAUUGCAAGUUUCCCUUCUUGAAAUUACUGCGUCUGAAGCUUCCAAUCUCACCAACUUCGCUGGAGCACCGUGCGCCCGUGCUCGAGCAGAGGUACCAAUUUUCAGUACUGUUUUUAGGGGCUUCUACGUGAAUCCCAUGCAUGGCUUUGUGGCAUGCAAGACUUUCCUGCUAGACAAGCAAGAAAACAGAGCCAUCACGCUUGCCCUACUGUAGCAACCUUCAAAGCACCACAGAACCUGGGCUCUCUCAAUGUCAGUUCAUUAGCUGAGCUGAUCUCACAUGCUAACGCCAUGUAAUCAUUUUUCUACAUUCCACAUUUAUCAGUUGGAUUAUAUCGUAGAUUGAAGUUCAGAUCAUUGUCAUGUAUGUUGCUCCUUUGAAAGUUAGACUUCAUAAAGAAGCAAUUUGAUCCGACCACAAUACCUCUGAAUAGAUGCAUCAUGGAUUUGUGGGUUCACCUUCUUGGAAGGUGCAAUUCUGGUGAUGGUGUCAUAACUGAUAAAUAUAUACAUUGCUUCAUAUGUUGGAUAGUUUUGGCGGCCUUCUUUGUGAGGUAGACUUGACUGAUGAGGGCUUAAAAAGGGGCCUUGGUUGUCUGUCAACUGAAAACUCUGUUUAUGCACAACCUAUAUCCUCUAUGAGAAGGAACUGGAUGGAGCAAGGUCUACAUGCCUCAAAUUGCUUAAAGAUAUGCUAUGCUCGGCAAGGAGAUGGAGAGCGAGAAGUAUGGCAGGGUCCUUGAGUGGUAUUCACUAAGGAAAUACUUGGAGAUCAAAAUCAUUAGAGAGUGAGGCUGCACUCUUAGUGGCAGGCAGAAACAAAGGAUUCAGAUAGCCCGAGCAUUGUAUCAGUAUGCUGACAACUAUUUGUUCCAUGAUCCGUUCAACGCAGUUGAUGCUCAUACAUGAUCCCAAUUUUCCAAGAAUCUUUGUUGAACUCCCUUGGUGUUAGUUGUUCUUGAACUGAAGAAACAUGUGGUCUGGAAUUGACAUCAUUCAGUUCCUUGAUGAAAACAAAGUUGCAUGUCCUUCUAGUCUAAACGUAAUAUUAUGCCUUGGAGCAUAUGAUGGGGGAUAAAUCGCAGUUAUGAACUGCAUUCCACGUGCAUGAAGGCGAAUGAUUUUUCUGGAUGCCAUUGCCAUCUGAUCGAUGGUUUCGCCGCGGUCGUCGGGAGAAAUAUCAUCAAUGGUAGGGGAAAAGCAGGUAGGCUGAGGCGGGCAACCACACCAAGCGGCCGACCCAGGAAGGCAGCCCUGCAGCUCCGCCUCGUGCCACUCCCCAUCUCUAUGUUUGUGCCAGACCCAGCGCAAGGUAGAGGCAGGAGAGGAGGCCGGGAAGAGAAGCUGCAAGCUGAAGUGGAAGAAGAAGAUGAACCUGUAGAAGAGCUGAAAAAAGGACGUGGUAGAAAGAAGGAAGCGAAGCCUAAACAGUAUAAUGAUUACUACCUCGCCCAGCCGCGCAUCCAAGAUGUGACGCUUGCUAGAAAGCUGGUCAAGUAGGCCCUCGACUGCGAGUUUUAGCUGAUUGAUCCUGCACAUUAGCCUAAUUGUUACAAUAAACGGACUUACAACAAUGAUGCUUUCUAUAUUGAAUUUUUAUGUUCGACCUCACCAUUGCUUAGUUUCCUUUCCUGAUGCCAAGACACAAAGAAUUUGAGAUUCAAUUUAUCUUUUUUAGUUUUUACACUAGAGUGCUUCAUUUAUAUGUAUUACUGUAGACACAUGGGAAUCCUCAAGGUGUCAGGCUUGUUCUUAUUAUUGCUCAUGCAACCCUAAACUUCAGUUAAAUGUACUACUUCAGGUUUUAGUGUUUGGAUCAUCAGUACAAAACAGAGUUGAUGGUAUAUGUCAAUUCUGUAUUGGUUCUA